UAUACAAAGCUCUCUAUGGAAUGAACAAGCUGUGGCUGCUUCCUAGUUGUCCUUCAACAAAGUCAAAAUAUAAGAGUUAAUUACACGUGGCAUCCCAGAGCUUCUACUAAAUUAUACUGACCUCCCCUAGGUCAAAAAAUUGUUAAUAAAUCUGUAGAAUUUUAUAAAACUUCAGGGUACUUCUAACGUAAAUUAACUUCAAUGGGUAAUCUGGCAUAACUUUUAAAUAGUAAGGAUAGUUAGUGUAAUUUUCUAAAAAUUGAGGGUACUUCCUAUAUUUAUACCAAACUUUCAAGGUGCUAACUGCUAUUUACCCAAAAAUAUAACUAGAAUAAUGUGAAGUGAUUUUUUUGGGUAAUUAUAAACUGCGUAUAACAUACAUUUGUGUUUAAUAAAUGAAGACAAAAGAGACAUUUUAAUUGCAUUCUAGCUAUAAAUUUUUAAUUUUUGGACAACAUUACCCUUUAGGAAUUAGGUCAGAUCAUCCCAAAUGUAUGAACCGACUUCUAAUCAAAAGCACAUAAAGAAUGUUGGCAAGGUAUGCUAGCUCAUUACCCACCCACAUUUCAGCCACUUCUUCAGCACCAAUUCUCUUUAAAAGAAGCAAAGCCCUUCAAUCCCUUCCAACUACUGCUACAUUUCACUUUAUCUUCUUUCUUUUCUCCCUUCAAAUGGAAACAGAGAUCAACCUCCCCUCAUUUCCUUUACUAGCAGAUGGACAUACCAUGGCCAUUCUAACGCUAGCCUGCAUGCUGGCAUCAUGGAUUUUGAUCCACAGAUGGAACCAGAGAAACACAAAAGGCCCAAGAACAUGGCCGCUCGUUGGUGCAGCGAUCGAGCAGUUCAUGAACUAUGACCGGAUGCAUGACUGGCUUGUCAACUACCUCUCUGAAUCGAAAACAGUAGUUGUCCCAAUGCCAUUCACCACCUAUACCUACAUUGCUGAUCCUGCUAAUGUAGAACAUGUCCUCAAAACCAACUUCCCUAACUACCCAAAGGGAGAAGUGUACCAUUCUUAUAUGGAGGUGCUGCUUGGAGAUGGCAUUUUCAAUGCUGACGGCGAGCUCUGGAGGAAACAGAGAAAGACCGCAAGCUUUGAGUUCGCAUCCAAGAACCUGAGGGAUUUCAGCACUGUAGUCUUCAGAGACUAUAGCCUCAAGCUAUCAGCUAUUCUGAAUCAAGCAUCUCUCAACGAGCAAGAAUUGGAUAUGCAGGAAUUGUUCAUGAGGAUGACUUUGGACUCCAUAUGUAAGGUGGGAUUUGGGGUGGAAAUAGGAACUCUGGCUGCCCACCUGCCAGAAAAUUCCUUUGCCCGAGCAUUUGACUCUGCAAACAUUAUUGUUACUCUUCGAUUUAUUGAUCCACUAUGGAAAAUAAAGAAAUUUCUUAAUGUCGGGUCAGAAGCAGUUCUCGACCAGAGCAUCAAAGUUAUCGAUGAUUUUACAUACUCCGUUAUUCGAAGAAGGAAGACAGAGAUGAAAGCAACAGGGGGGACCUCUACAAAUGAGAAGAUGAAGCAUGACAUAUUAUCAAGAUUUAUUGAGCUUGGCAAAGAUCCAGAAAACAACAUUACUGACAAAAGCCUUAGAGAUGUUGUCCUGAACUUUGUCAUUGCUGGCCGAGACACAACAGCCACAACUCUUUCUUGGGCUAUGUACAUGAUAAUGACCAACAGCCAUGUAGCAGACAAACUCUACUCAGAACUCAAAAGUUUCGAAGAAGACCGGGCAAAGGAAGAAAAGGUCUCACUGUUUAAUUUUGACACAGAGGAUCCUGAAUCAUUCAACAAAAGAACAGCACAAUUUGCUCAACUCUUGACAUACGAUUCUUUGGGGAGGUUGGCUUACUUGCAUGCAGUGAUCACAGAGACUCUCCGACUGUACCCCGCUGUACCUCAGGACCCCAAGGGCAUCAUGGAGGAUGAUGUUUUGCCAGAUGGAACCAAAGUAAAGGCAGGUGGGAUGGUGACUUAUGUUCCAUAUUCAAUGGGCAGAAUGGAGUACAACUGGGGCCCUGAUGCGGCUUCGUUUAAGCCCGAGAGAUGGCUUAAAGAGGGAUUCUUCCAGAAUGCAUCACCAUUCAAGUUCACUGCAUUCCAGGCUGGGCCAAGGAUAUGCCUCGGGAAGGACUCAGCUUAUCUCCAAAUGAAGAUAGCUCUGGCUAUUUUGUGUAGGUUCUUCAAAUUCAGUUUAGUGCCAGGGCAUCCAGUGAAGUACAGGAUGAUGACAAUACUAUCAAUGGCACAUGGACUAAAGGUUACUGUGAGCAGGCGUUUAUGUGACUUCUAAAGACAUUAUGAUCUAGUUGAUGUUGAAAUGGUACAAAUUUCUACAUGAUACAACAUUAGGGGAUUGUUCUCUUCAACCUGAUAGCAUGUGGCUGCAAACAAUGACUUUAUAAUCAAAUCCUAAAGUACUUCUAUUAAUUUGAAAGAUUUAUGUGGAUGAAUACUGAUGACAAGAAGUUCGUCUGCCAUGCUGAGUAACAAAUUUUAAGCUCCUUUGAGCUUCAUGGAUUUAUGAUGGUACAAAACAUUUAAUGCAGAAAUGUUUAUGUGAAGUGCUGAUCAUUGUGAUUCAAAAGGAAGGGAGUAAAGAUACAAAUACUGGACAAGAUAACUGUGAUAAAAUGAGAGUAGGGUCUUGACGUCAAUGACUGUAAAGGGAAAAUUACUGACUGAAAGGAAUGAUGACACAAGUAAGAAAAAUGAAAAAGAGGAAGAAAUCUGAAUGCAUAAAAUCAUGACAAAGUGCUCAGUGGCAUGAGAACUAGAGCACAUACCUUGUUAUUUCUACUUAAGACCUGCAGUAAACUACCACUGGGCAAAACAACACUAUGCCUUCUGCAAAGUAAGAGCCAGAUGACAACACGAUUCAUAAUAAUAGUGAUUGUGGUAGUAAGAGCUGCUCUCGGGAAUUUUAAUUAAAACAGCUCAGCGAAUUGGCUAAUACUAGGACUGGUGAUAGAUAACAUUCAAGAAUGUUGGCAAAUAACAAGCAGUUUAUGCAUUACUUGAAAAAUUCCAAAUUGAAUCAGACCAGAAGCCACCCAGUGGUGGGGCUCUCAAAAGAGUAAUUUAUCCUGCAAAGCUUGAGAUGUUUGCAAUAUUUCAAGUCAACUAUAACAUAGUUUUCAAAAAUCCACUGCAACUCUAUGGAAUUUUGAGCUCCUAAAUCACAAUCUGCACACAAGUUUGAAGGCUUGUAAUUACAACUCGUAGGCCUUAUUCCUAUAGUAACAUGACACAAGCACCAGCACAUAGUAACAUGACACAAGCACCAGCACGAACUUAAGAGAUUAGUUUCUUCU